GGCCUGGAGCAGGCUGAGUACGUGCUGAAGGGCUGCUCGGGCGAGAACGCGGAGAACCGCACAGCCAAGGUGUACGUUGGCGGCGAGCGUGAGGUCCAUGACACUUACUUCUGUGCCAGCGACCUCUGCAAUGGGCCCUUCACUGGAGUGCCAUCAGCGAGCGCCCCACAGCCCAACGGCAUGGCUUGUUACAGCUGCUUCGACCGCGGCACCGGGGACUGUGCUCCCGGCAACGCCACCCCCGUGCCCUGCGCUGGCGACAUGACGCAGUGCAUGGACUUCACCGUGACGGAUGGUGCCUGGCACCUGACCUACCGCACCUGCGCGCUGGAGACACUCUGCCGCCAACAGUACCAGCUGCCCCAGCUCCAUGGCCGCCUGGACAUCAGCUGCUGCUCCACCCCCCUCUGCAACGAUGGACGCCCAGGUCUGCGCAGCCUCUGCAGCCACUUCUCCCAGCAAGGCACCAGACGGCAGCCGGAGAACGGGCUGCACUGCGCCAGCUGCUGCGAGACCGGCCAUGGUGAGUGCGGCACCGGGAACUGGAGCCAGGUCGCAUGUCGCGGGGAACAGGCCAUGUGCGUCAACGUGACAGAGGCCGGGAGGACGCUGGUUCGAGGCUGCUCCCUGGAACGUCUGUGCCACGAGCGGGCGCCGGGGCACGAGCGGCCGCGGGGGCUGGGGCUGAGCCGUGGUGCCGCCGUCCGGUGUUGCGAGGGGGCCCUGUGCAACGGGGGAGAGGAUCCCGGCGCCCGGCCCUCCUCGCUGCUGCUGCUGUUGCCGCCCCUGCUGGGCCUGAUCCGCCCGCUGUGAAAGGUCCCGCCGCAUUGCAGCAACACAGACAUCUCACCCCACCCGGACCCCUCAGCUCCAAGGGGUGGAAAUAAACGUUGGGGGAAGCC